CCUCACCGAAAUAAGUCCCUUUCCUGUUUCCCUACCCCUAGUUUCUCUGUCUUUGGAGUUUGGAGGGGCUGAACUUGGUGUGUUUGGGGCCCUCGAACCGGGUGCCUCUGCGCCCCGGCGCCCUGCCUACGCGUUGUUACAAUAACCAACCAGUUAUUAACCCAAGUCCGUAGUCAGAACUCAGAUUUCCUCAGCUUGCCUCUAAUGUCCUUGCUUUGCCCGGGACCACACUGCCUUUGUUGUCACGUCUCCUCUUAGACUUUCUUCAUGUUUAACCGCCUGGACGGUUUGGUUUGUCUGGUGUUUUUGUCACGAGUGGACCGGGUGAUGGUUAGAGAGACGAGGAGCGGCCAGCAUGACUCACCGCUGUAUGUCGGCCUCGGUCAUCGGGCUGGGGUCGCGCCUGUACUUCAGGUGUCUCCACUUUAAAGUGAACCCCGCCCCCCCCCCCAAUCCCCUCAUUUCCUAGUGACUUUCAUCAGCCCCUUUCCCCCAAUCCCGUUCAGCAAGGUGGUUACAUACAUCUGUCAUCCACCUAGAUUCUUCGGUGGGUCUGCAUUCCUUCCUGGGAUCCCCCACUUUCCGGAAGGAUCAUUUUAAAAUUUGUGUAUGUUAAGCUUCACUCUUUCUGCUGUCCACUUCUCUGGGUCUUGACUUCUCCAGGGUGUCCGGCCUCCCAGCCCUAAACAUCUAGGCUUCCCCCAGCCACCCGGGACUCCCCAUGUCUCAAACCCUUGGCAACCCCUGAUGUGGUCCCUGCUUCUGCCUUUUUUGCCUCUUCUGGAAUGUCACAUAAAGAGAAUCUUACAGUAUGUUGCUGUUUUCAGGCGGACUUGUGUCACCGAGCAGUUACUUUAUCCAUUCACCUACCUGACUGAGGACAUCAGGGCGGCUGCCAGUGUUGGCGUGAUGAUGAACAAAGCUGCUCUAAACAUUUCCGUGCUGCUGUUUGUGUAGACACAUGCUGCUGCUCAAGAAACAGACAGAAGACAUCAGCAGCGUCUAUGAGAUCCGGGAGAAGCUCGGCUCGGGCGCCUUCUCUGAGGUGGUGUUGGCCCAGGAGCGGGGCUCCUCACACCUCGUCGCCCUCAAGUGCAUCCCCAAGAAGGCCCUUCGAGGCAAGGAGGCCCUGGUGGAGAACGAAAUCGCCGUGCUCCGCAGGGUCAGCCACCCCAACAUUGUGGCUCUGGAGGACGUCCACGAGAGCCCUUCCCACCUCUACCUGGCCAUGGAGCUCCGAGUCCCCGCUGCCCUCAGGGUGACCGGGGGCGAGCUGUUUGACCGCAUCAUGGAGCGUGGCUCCUACACAGAGAAGGACGCCAGCCACCUAGUGGGCCAGGUCCUGGGCGCCGUCUCCUACCUGCACAGCUUGGGCAUCGUGCACCGAGACCUCAAGCCGGAAAACCUCCUCUACGCUACACCCUUUGAGGACUCCAAGAUCAUGGUCUCCGACUUUGGCCUCUCCAAAAUCCAGACUGGCAAUGUGCUGGGCACCGCCUGUGGGACCCCAGGAUAUGUGGCCCCGGAGCUCUUGGAGCAGAAACCCUAUGGGAAGGCUGUGGAUGUGUGGGCCCUGGGUGUCAUCUCCUACAUCUUGCUGUGUGGGUACCCCCCUUUCUACGAUGAGAGCGACCCUGAACUCUUCAGCCAGAUCCUGAGGGCCAGCUAUGAGUUUGACUCUCCCUUUUGGGAUGACAUCUCAGAAUCAGCCAAAGACUUCAUCCGGCACCUUCUGGAGCGAGACCCACAGAAGAGGUUCACCUGCCAGCAGGCUUUACAGCAUCUUUGGAUCUCUGGGGACGCAGCCUUUGACAAGGACAUCCUGGGCUCAGUCAGUGAGCAGAUCCAGAAGAAUUUUGCCCGGACUCACUGGAAGCGAGCAUUCAACGCCACUUCCUUCCUGCGUCACAUCCGCAAGCUGGGGCAGAGCCCAGAGAGCGAGGAGGCCUCGGGGCGGAGGAUGGCCCGCCACAGCCACCCUGGCCUCGGGUCUGGCCAGCCCCCCAAGUGGUGAUGCCCAGGCAGACGCCGAGGCCGAGUGCCCUGACUCCUGGACUCCCUUCCUGUGGGCGGGCCCUUUCAGUCCCCUUUCCCCAGCCCCAGGACCCCGGGCUGGCCUCUGCUGGAAAGUUGGAGAUGUGUGGGUGUGGUGCGUGGCGCUGGGGCAGGAGUGGGUCUCCCCCCUCUGCCACCCAGGCUCCGCCCUCGCCCGGGGGCUGGCGGGGUGCGUCCACGGAGAUCCCGCUCCACUGUCACCGCCACACCCGCUCUAGACGCCGAAGAGGCUUUCCGGGGGCAGCUCUUCCCGCACGUUGUUCUGUGCUUUGCUGCCCGUGGUGGUCCCGCUUGUGUCGUGGCCCUCGAGUUUUCCCCAAAUCAAUAAAUACAGACAGAGCGA